GAAGCCGUUGACAUUUCGCGCGGACGGCGUCACCAACACGAAAAGGGGCAAUUUUGCAAGGCACUAUAAAUUUAGGGUUUUUAUAACUGCGGUAUAAAUGAUAAUGAAUAUAUAACUCACAUUUACGAUUGAAAUUGGGAUAGGGAUUGGAUUGGAAGUUGGAAAAGUAUGGAAGCAGAGGAGAGAGAAAGAGGAGAAGGGAUUGGGAAUGGAAGAAAGGUGAUUGUUUUGAUCGAAAAGGCAACCAACUCCACCGAACUCGAGGUGGAUCCCCGCCUCCUCAAUGCUAUCAAGGCGGUGGUCCGAUACUCCGAUUCCGAGCUCCGCCUCUCUGCCGAAAUUCUAAUGGAUCUCAUGAAGCGUGACCACUCGCAGGUUAGGUACCUUGCACUUCUUAUCAUCAAUGAGCUGUUCAUGCGUUCGAAGCUUUUUAGGACCCUUAUUGUUGAGAAUUUGGACCAGUUAAUGACUUUGAGUGUUGGGUUCAGGCGAAAUCUGCCUCUGCCUGCUCCACCAGCUGUUGCAUCUGUUCUGCGUUCUAAGGCCAUUGAGUUCUUGGAGAAGUGGAAUGUGUCAUUUGGGUUUCAUUACAGGCAGCUUAGAUUAGGUUAUGAUUACCUAAAGAAUACUCUUAGGCUUCAGUUUCCUAACAUACAGGCUAACCGGGAGCGAAUUCAGCAAGAGAGAAGGGAAAGAGAGAGGAAGUCUAAAGAGAUUUUAUUGAAGAAGUACGAAUUCUUGAAAGAAAAUGUAUCUUCAAUUGAGGGAGGAAUAAUGUCUACAGUGGAAGAGAUUGAUGAAUGUUUGGACAUUUUGCACUCAGAGCAUGAAUCCAUGUCAGAUGAUAUCUUAGAUGAUGAUGAUGAUGAUGCUGCAUUCCGAUCCUUAGAGCUGCAGCGGAUUCGUCUUGAUGCAUUGAGAGAAGGGGAGAAAGUUUACGAGAAUAGUGAGAACAAGGUCAUUUUUGAUGCCUUGAGGGAGCUGUACAAGCUUCUAGUAACAAAGCAUUUGGUUUGCAUCCAAGAAUGGAUUUCUGUUCUAUUAAAAGUUGAAGUGGCAGAUAAUAGAUUCAGGGAUUCCUCUCUGAAACUAUUCAUAGAUAUCCUAAAUCGUCUCAAAUCAGUUAAAAGAAAAUGCGAGGAGGCAGGUUGUUCUCUUACAAACUCAUCAAAACCAAAUGAGGAAGAAGAUUUUUGGGAGGAGGGUAUUGUUGGAUCUAAUGUAACCUCAUUGAGUAUGACUAGUAAUGAAAACAAGGCUCUUGAAAUCGCAUUGAAUACAACUGGUAUAGAAAACAAAGCACCUGCCAUGGUAUCAAGUUCCCAUAGAAUGAAUAUGAAUAAUGACAAUCUUGGUUCAAACAAGAAAUGUUCUGCUGGCUCUAAUACUGACAGCAUGCAGCAUGGAAAAGAAGAAACUGAGUCAAAUACUCUGAGGAGUAAAUUAAUGGCUGAAGCCCCUGUGGUGCAUUGGGGUUCUAACUUGGAUGACUGGGGUUCACAGAGAGUUUAUAUGGCCAACCAGCGGGGCUUGGAGCUUCAAAGUCACUGGGGUAGGGUGGACAAUGAUAGAGUUCUUCCAGCAGACAAAAUUGAUGAACUGAAUGUUCAGGCCGUUCCUUAUGAAGAAGAGCAGGUUGAGAUACAACCAUGCGGUGCUCCUUUGAGGAAUGGUGGACUAUGUCAGAGAAGAGAUAUAAAAGUUUGCCCAUUUCAUGGACCUGUAAUUCCUCGAGAUGAUGAAGGGAGACCACUUGACAAUCUGAGCCCAUCAAAGGAAACAAACAUGAAUUUCAAGACUGAUUUGGUAGAGGAGUUGGCAAAACAAGCAGUGAAAAAUGUUCGCGAAAGAGACAAAGAGGUGGCAGAAAAGAGAGUAGUGGAUAAACGAUCAUUGAAGCGGGCAAAACUUGCUAAAAUUCGAGAGCACAAUGAAGUAGUCUUGCGCGAUGCUGCUUUGGCUUCAACUUCAAGAUCAGCGGCACUUGGGGAAGACGGUGAGGAUAGAUCAUCUGCCAAAGAAAAGAAGAAAGGUCUUGCAUCCAUGCUUCAAAAGAAAGUCACAUCCAAAGAUAGAAUUGCCCAAAAGCUUUUGGGUUUGCGGGCAAGGGGCUGCAGUUAGGCAGCAGCUUCUCAUGCUGCUUUAUUUUUCUUUGGCUGAUUAUAAUGUCAACCAAGAAUGAAGAAAAAAGCAGUUUGUUUGGCCAGUCUCUGUAAUUUGGAGAGGAGCGAAAUUGAAAACUUAUUUUACCACAUUUUCUAUAAUUUUUUCCCCGUAUAUAGUAGGUGCCAAGAUGUGUUUAUGUUAACCAUAACUAUAAUUUGUUGCCAUAGGCCAAUAGAUGUUCAAUUCAUCAAUUAUUAUUCCCAUCAA